UUAUCAAAAUGAUAUAAGCAUUGUCUUCUCGUCGACUAAACCCUAAACUGCCGCCGCCGCCUUCUUCUUCUUCUCGCGCUGCCGUGCCCGCCCCGUGAGCUGCUAGAUCAGGCCACGCCGGAGCGCCUCCGACGUCGUUGUCCGAUUCAUCCAAGGUUGUCUUCUUUCAUGGCAGCAAAAAAAACAAGAUGAAGAAAGGGGUACAUCCUCAAAGGCAGUGGAUUUCAUAUGUGACUCAAAGUGGUAGAUUGAUGAAUAUUAUGAUGACCAGAAUUAGCCAUGUUGGUAAAGUCUACCAUUUGAGAGCUAGGCGCCAGAUGGCUAAAAGCCUUGGGCAGAUCGCAAAGUUCAACCGCCGAUACGGGAAGCAGGAAGAAAAUGAGGAAAAAUAAACCAAUUCACAACUUGUUUUGCCAUCUUUUGUUUCUUUUGUCAUAAGAUUCACAUUUGGAUACAAGAUUGUCAAGGACAACUUGAUUCUGAUGUUACUCGUUCUAGUUCUUUAGAGACGCAGUCUCUCCUUGCUUUGAUUGUUUUGUUACAUGCCUACUGUGUCGAAGCAAUCAAUUCAAUUCCUUCUCA